CGCGAAGAAUCGCGCGCGGCCGACCGCGAACAGUUGCCCGUCGGAGUGUCGACGAGAAAGUGUUGUCCUGUGAAAGUGUUUGCCGGGUUGCGGACACCCGAGAUCAGCCGACCACCCUCUUCUUCUCUUCCUCACCCUGACUCCGUCUUUCUUUCGCUCUCUGCGGCGCUGCACCGCACCGCGGCGCUCCCGUUUCUACCCCCCUGGUGAGAGGACCGAGCAUCACCCGUGACGGAAAGGCUCGAGGUAAACUUCCUCCUGGGAAUGUUGAGGGACUCGCUUGUCGUUCGAGCGUCCUGCCAAGAGGGUUCCGGGUACUUAAAGCGUGCGAACACUGAACGCCUCCAUGAAAUUUUUAACCAGUACGCCACACAGGAGAAGAAUGGCGAGAGGUUCAUGACCGCGUCUGACUUUGUACGCAGUUAUCUUGGCCUUUACACGGAUGCCGAUUAUAAUCCCGAUUCUGUCAGUUUACUUGCUGGUAUCGUCGACACCAGUAAAGAUGGACUCAUAUCGUUUGCCGAAUUUCAAGCUUUCGAAGGUCUCCUCUGUGUACCAGACGCUCUAUACAAGACAGCUUUUCAGCUCUUUGACACUAAUGGAAAUGGAAUGGUUGCAUUUGACGAGUUCGUUGAGGUGAUGCGGAAAACUGUGCUGCACCAGAAGAUGCCCUUUAAUAUGGAUAGUAGCUUUAUCAAACUUUACUUUGGCAAGGAUAAGAAGAGGCUGAUCAGCUAUGCGGAGUUCAGUCAAUUUUUGCACGACUUUCACGAGGAAUACGCGACGGAAGCCUUCAAGAAAUUCGAUAAGGAUGGCGCAGGUUUCAUUUCCGCAUUGGAUUUUCAAGACAUCAUGCUCAGUAUUAAGAGUCAUCUCCUGACGAAAGACGUGAGAGAUAAUCUAAUCGCUGCAGUUGGCGCCGGCCAAAGCGGGCGAAAAGUCAGCUUUCCGUACUUUAUGGCGUUCAACUCUCUUUUGAAUAACAUGGAACUUAUUAAACGUAUCUACUUGAACGCGACCAACGGCCAUAGAUAUCAAGAAGUUACUAAAGAGGAAUUUCUGUAUUCUGCACAAAUGAUGUCCCAGAUAACCCCGUUGGAAGUAGAUAUCCUGUUUCAUCUAUGCGACUUGCUCCACCAAACUGGACCUACGGAAGAUGACGAGGCAGAUUCGCGGCUUGGGAAAAUUGUAUACAAUGAUCUCGUGGCUAUUACACCUGAGCAGUAUUUCAAGCAAAUAACAAAACGCGUUGCCGAGAUUAAGGCGGUGUCGAGCCCGGACGAACGCGGUGUUAUUGUGCAAAUGCUCGAAAGUGGAUACCGGUUCGUGCUUGGUUCCAUUGGUGGAGCCGUUGGAGCCACGGCUGUAUACCCGAUCGACUUGGUGAAGACCAGGAUGCAGAACCAGAGAACUGGGUCCUUCAUAGGCGAGCUGAUGUACAGGAACAGCUUUGACUGCUGUAAAAAGGUCAUACGACACGAAGGCUUCUUCGGCCUUUAUCGAGGUCUGAUGCCUCAGUUAAUGGGGGUAGCCCCUGAAAAGGCUAUCAAACUGACAGUCAACGAUUUCGUCAGAGACAAGUUUAUGGAUAAGAACGGAAAUCUGCCAGUAUACGGAGAAAUCUUAUCUGGCGCCUGUGCCGGAGCGUCUCAAGUGAUAUUCACUAAUCCAUUGGAGAUAGUGAAAAUCCGAUUACAAGUGGCCGGAGAGAUCGCAGGUGCGUCAAAGGUGAGAGCGUGGGCCGUCGUCAAGGAGUUAGGUCUUUUUGGAUUGUACAAAGGCGCCAGGGCCUGCUUUUUACGAGAUGUACCGUUUAGUGCGAUAUACUUUCCUAUGUACGCUCACACAAAAGCGCGAAUGGCCGACGAAGGUGGUUACAAUACACCAUUGUCGCUUCUCGCUUCCGGUGCGAUCGCCGGUGUGCCUGCGGCAGCGCUGGUCACUCCUGCGGACGUAAUAAAAACGAGAUUACAGGUCGUAGCUAGGGAAGGCCAAACCACGUACAACGGGCUGUUGGACUGCGCGAGAAAGAUCUAUAGGGAAGAAGGCGCUAGGGCAUUCUGGAAGGGCGCAACAGCUCGAGUGUUCAGAUCGUCGCCUCAGUUCGGUGUCACUCUUUUCACAUACGAAUUGCUGCAAAGGCUGUUCGUCGUCGACUUUGGAGGAUCUCGACCUACCGGGUCGGAGCAAAAGGUGCCUACCAUGGGAGUCGCGGACGAGAUUCGAUCAACGAAUCCAGAUCACAUAGGUGGCUACCAAGUAGCUCUGCCCAUCUUCACGGGUAUAGAAACCAAGUUCGGUCUUUGCCUACCCAGGUUCCAGGCUAUUACUGGAAAGUAACGGUGCCAUCAGCAGCUGCUAGAAAAACGAGAGAGGAAAACGAGGAAGAACAAGCUUGUAGCAACCCCUGCCAUAAAAGUAACGUGUGCGAGUCGCUGAGCCGCUCUCCAUCGAGCGCGCGUGAAGCGAGCGAGGCGAGCGUUCAUGAACUACAAAUUGUGACAGCUCGUCAAAACGUUUCCAUCUCUUCUCGACGAUCGGCUCGGCCAUUUCGAGUUGGGUACCAAUUGUACACAUCGGCAAUAAGAAGGAACGGCCGCGUCGGUCCGUUGAACACGAUGACGCGCGCACGCAUGCAUGCGUGGUUGUGUAAAUUUUAUAGACGAGGGAGAAGUACAAAAAUCCGCCGUUCGCGGUAUGCCCGGAGGAAACGUUCGUGAUAGCUGAGUCGAUGCAGUCAAUUGAUAAAACACAAAUAAAAAGAAAAAAAAAGAAGAAACGGAUGGCAUUGAAAAUUAUUUAUUUUGAUACUAUAUAGAUACGUUAUAUCAAAUUUGAUGCCAUCUGUGCGUAAUUAUUUUACAUUGCGAGAGAGAAAGAGACAUUUAUCGACGGUUCUGCGUGAGUUGUUACUGGCUUGAAACGCGUCCGCUGCCGUAAGCGCGUGUAAGCAACCCAACCGAGAGUGCACGUUCGUUAAAUUACAAACGAUUAAACGCCAAUGGACAUGAGUGUGAUGUUCUAGCAGAGAUUACUAAUACGCGAUGGCCCCCCGACGUGUGUACGUACUGGAUAUAUACAUACAUCUAUGUAGAUUUUAACGCGAGUUAGGCCUUUGUAAUUGCGAGUUAUAUCGUUUAUCCGAAUCCGCCUACUUGUACAGCUGGUGAAGAGCGUAGGGCGGCAGUAAAUCUGUUUUUAAAUUGUCGCACGGCGCUUCAUCGACAAAAUACAUGCGUAGAGACACACGUGCGUCCGUUAUUGAAGGACGAAAGAGAGACAGAGAGAGAGAGAAAGAAAGAGAAACAGAGAGGGACUACACUGACGUCCCAUCACGUCAUUUAUCCGAAAUGCAGCGAAUCCUACAUUUACGUCUUGCGGAGCGAACUAAAUAUAUAGUUCGAUGUUUACCAUAGCGAGAUAUACAAAUUUUCGAGGACGAGUCUUAUUAAAAUUGUGACGAAAAUCGCAGCGGAAGCGUCUUCUCUCCGUUCGUGUCUCAGAGUGAUUGAGCGAUUGGGGUAAAACGAGAGGAUAGAUUUUCGUUCGAUAUUUGCGACAAUCAUGAUUUCAAUUGGAACGGAUUUAUUGACACUCGACAGCACCACCAGUUCUACAAUUACGUGCGCGAGCAGAGAAGAACAAAGUUUAACGCACACAACCGAGAAAAUUUGUCGGCGAUGGCAGUUGAUUAGGAAAUUGUACACGUUGAAAUGCAUUUCUGUAAUUUCUGUAAUCAUCUCGUUUCUUUUUCUUCCUUUUUUACAAUGGAGAGGUAUACGCAGGACGAGUGUAGCGAGAAAAUUUUCUGGAAGGCAGAACUUCGAACCGCGAGGCAGACAAUAUGCGAUUUGUUUAACGCGCGCACGCGCGUGAGUUUCCAUUGUAUAUUUAUAUUAUCGCCUGCAGAGAGAGAGGGAGAGAGAGAGAGCGAUGCGGAAUUGAGAAUACGAAGUUACGAAUCAUCUGCGCAUAAUUUACAGAGAUGUGAAAAUUAUUAGAAUAAUUUUGAUUUCUUCAUUAAUUUUCUCUAAUUUUUUUUCAAUAAGUGCCCAAUUUCAGGAAAUAUUACAGUUUGUUAUCAAUAUUUCUUAUAGAUCUAAAAUGAUUAUAGAUUUGUAUUACACAUUGCACAACUAAAUGACCGAUUAUUUCACAAAAAUGAACUUUAUUUACUAAAAAUAAACUUUCAAGUAUUUAUUUUUAGUAUAUAUAAGUAUUUCGGUUAUUUUUUAUAUAAGUAUAUACAUAAUUCAUAUAUAUGAAUUUAUAUAUACAUAUAUAUACUUUUACAUGCAAAAUAUAUCUUACAACAGAAUUUGAUAUAUAAUAAGCAUUGCAUAUGCAUUAAGCAUUUAUUAAGAAGAUCAAUUAGAAAAAAACGAAUAAAGAAUUAAACUUAUUCUAAUAAUUUUGACACCUCUAUAUACCUCUGUAUACCAACGACAAAUUUCUUAAGUGAUUCUUUCGAGCGUUUUAAAUUUGCAACAAGCGUUUUUCAGGCAGUAGAGGAGAUUUUCUGUUUGUAAAAGUUGUUGAAAUAGAUGUCACGUAUAGUAAAGUUAUAGCUCGAGUAUUUUGCCCGAAGCGAUUCUUUUCUCACGACUUUGUACGGAUAUCUGAGCGGGACGAUCGAGCUUUUUUACAUCGCAAUAUUAUCACGGGGUGAAUAAACGAAGGAAAUAACGGGGGAAUAAUUUAUUACGGCUUAUCUUUCACAAUACGAUCGAUAUAUUUAAUAUUCUCGCGAGACGAUCCUUUACGCUUAAGCGAUCUCGAACACGAACGACUACGUUGAGCGCGGGUUGAAGAAAGAUGCGUCGACAUUGACGUCCCUUUUACGCUUUGCUUCUUGAUAUAACUCAUUGGAGACUCGAUAGACUCGAAAACGGUUGAUUUACGAGCGAGUUGUGUGAAUUCAAGAGCUAGGAUAUUUUUGUAACGUUUGUAUUCAUGUAGAAAAUGUAGGGAGAACUUAAGAGAUUUUCUCGGCGAAGAGACACUCUCCUCUUUUCCCGUAUAUUAAAGAACAAGAAGAGGAAAGACAAGAACAAAAAGAAAAGACAAAAGAAAUACAUAGAAAACUGAAAUUAAGACGCGUUUUAGACGCCCGUCUUAUAAUACGAAAAUUUAUCACUCGUAGGCAGAAUUGGCCGCUUUACGAAUCUAGCAAUUUGUAGUUUCGCGGACUUCUUUAGUCGAUGUACUCUUUCUACUAUAUAUUUAAAAAAUACAGUUCUCCGGGCAAUAGAAUGGGUAAUCGGUAAUCCGGGUGUGUAUGGUGUAUAUGUGUGAUCACACACAUAAAGAGACACGACCACACACACGCGCUAUUGCACAAAAGAUAUAGCACUGCGCGAGCGGGCCUUCUCUUCUAUAGUUGUAACUGCCAUUCGUUUUAGCUUCUUUGUAAAUAUAACUGACAGGCGCAUAUUGUAUAUAAAUGAAAAGACAUAUUUAUAUGCAAUAUAUCUUAUCAUUCGUUUAUCAAUUCUGUGCGAUGUGUGCACAUCAUCAUUCAAGAUCGAUCAAAAUUAUUCGCGUCAUCAAAGGCAUCAUUUUGAUGUUUAAUUCUUUGCGGUCCUGUGCCGAGCUUGACUCGAUAUCGAAUCUCUUUUUGCUCUUUUCCAAAGUGAAAUCUUGUGUAGGAAAGUUUCAUGGUUUUUCAUAGCGUAUAUUAUGUUACUAAAAUGGUCGAUUGAUGAUGUUUAUCUUAAGCUAAACAGUAACUAUACUAUAUACAAAAAUAACAGUAACGA